GGAGGCGGAGGCGGGCGCGGUGGCGGAGGUGGAGGCGGCGGCGGCGGCGGCGGAGGAGGAGGGUAGGUUGCGCCCGGGACUGUGUCUGCCGAGCUCCGCGGCUGUGCCUGUGUGAGUGAAGGAGCGGCGCGGGGAGGCAGAGACGAGCGCGGGCGAGCGCAGCGGCGGGACGUCUCCGGCGGCCGCGGACAAGCGACGGCGCUUGGUGUGGGGAAGCAGCGGCGGCAACAGCGCUAGCAGCAGCGGCGGCCGCCUCUCCGCCGCCGGAGACGCCGAGGAACGGCUGGUGGCACUGACAUUGGCGGCCCUGCCUCUUCUCUCUCGCCCCCGGCCCUCCCCAUGUGAUCGGUCUUAAUCCCGGCAGAGUGCGCGCGUGGGGCUCCAUUCCGCGGUGCCCGGUUUCCUUGCCAGGGUGGGUGCUCCUGUGUGCGCUUCUCCUCCCCAUCCCCCUUCCCCCAAGAAUAAAAGAAGAACCAAGAGGCGUGCUUAGAAAAUAAAUAAAUAACCACCACACACGCGCAGCCGGGAGCGGAGUCGGCGGGGCUGGCGGCGGCGGAGGAGGAGUGAAAGCGGCGGCGGCGGCGAAGGAGGAGGAGGUGGAGGAGAAGGAGGAGGAGGACGAGGAGGAGGAGGGACGCGCGAGAAGGCAGUAACUUUAAAGCCAGCUCAGAGCCCAGACCUCCAGCCGAGCGGUUUGCAGCGCGGCGGCGGCGGCGUUGAGUGUCUGGCCCGCCGGUCCGGUCGGGGUGUGCAUUAGGACGGACGAGCAGCGCGUCGCUGUCCCCCGGCGGCUGGAGAUGUCCGAGCCCAAGGCAAUUGAUCCCAAGUUGUCGACGACAGACAGGGUGGUGAAAGUAAUACCAUGAUGUGACGGCUUUCUUGAUUUGUACUUCCAGAAUGCAACUUUAGAAAGCUGUCCCAUUUCCUCCAAGUCACCGGCUUACAGCAAAAGAAGUGUUUGAUAAUGAUGGGAAACCUCGUGUGGAUAUCUUAAAGGCACAUCUCAUGAAGGAGGGCAGGCUGGAAGAGAGCGUCGCAUUGAGAAUAAUAACAGAGGGGGCUUCAAUUCUUCGACAGGAAAAAAAUUUGCUGGAUAUUGAUGCACCAGUCACAGUUUGUGGGGACAUCCAUGGACAAUUCUUUGACUUGAUGAAGCUUUUUGAAGUGGGGGGAUCUCCUGCCAACACUCGCUACCUCUUCUUAGGGGACUAUGUUGACAGAGGGUACUUCAGUAUCGAAUGUGUGCUGUAUUUGUGGGCCUUGAAAAUUCUUUACCCCAAAACACUGUUUUUACUUCGUGGAAAUCAUGAAUGUAGACAUCUAACAGAGUAUUUCACAUUUAAACAAGAAUGUAAAAUAAAGUAUUCAGAACGCGUCUAUGAUGCCUGUAUGGAUGCCUUUGACUGCCUGCCCCUGGCUGCCCUGAUGAACCAACAGUUCCUGUGUGUCCACGGCGGUUUGUCUCCGGAGAUUAACACUUUAGACGAUAUCAGAAAAUUAGACCGAUUCAAAGAACCACCUGCUUAUGGACCUAUGUGUGAUAUCCUGUGGUCAGACCCCCUGGAGGAUUUUGGAAACGAGAAGACUCAGGAACAUUUCACUCACAACACAGUCAGGGGGUGUUCGUACUUCUACAGUUACCCGGCUGUAUGUGAAUUCUUACAGCACAAUAAUUUGUUAUCUAUACUCCGAGCCCAUGAAGCCCAAGAUGCAGGGUAUCGCAUGUACAGGAAAAGCCAAACGACAGGCUUCCCUUCUCUAAUUACGAUUUUCUCAGCACCAAAUUAUUUAGAUGUAUACAAUAACAAAGCUGCAGUAUUGAAGUAUGAGAACAAUGUCAUGAAUAUCAGGCAAUUCAACUGUUCUCCUCACCCAUACUGGCUUCCAAAUUUCAUGGAUGUUUUCACUUGGUCCCUGCCGUUCGUUGGGGAAAAAGUGACUGAGAUGCUGGUAAAUGUCCUCAACAUCUGCUCAGAUGAUGAACUAGGGUCAGAAGAAGAUGGAUUUGAUGGAGCGACAGCUGCAGCCCGGAAGGAGGUGAUUAGGAACAAGAUCCGAGCAAUAGGCAAAAUGGCCCGAGUGUUCUCGGUUCUCAGAGAAGAGAGCGAGAGUGUGCUGACGCUGAAAGGCUUGACCCCCACGGGCAUGCUCCCCAGCGGAGUGCUUUCUGGAGGGAAGCAGACACUGCAAAGCGCUACUGUUGAGGCUAUUGAGGCUGAUGAAGCAAUCAAAGGAUUUUCACCACAGCAUAAGAUCACUAGCUUCGAGGAGGCCAAGGGCUUAGACCGAAUUAACGAGAGGAUGCCACCUCGCAGAGAUGCCAUGCCCUCUGACGCCAACCUUAACUCCAUCAACAAGGCUCUCGCCUCAGAGACUAACGGCACGGACAGCAAUGGCAGUAAUAGCAGCAAUAUCCAGUGACCACUUCCUGUCCCCCCCCUUUUUUUUUUUUUUUGAGCUGCAGGGCAUGAUGGGGAUUGCUGCAUAUCAGCAGUUGGAUGUUCUUGCCUCUGACGGUAGCUUAUUUGCUCUGGGGGCCAGGAAUUGGAUUCAGUUUACACUAUCAUUAAAAAAGAGGGAGAGAGAUAAUAAACUAUAUUUUGGUGGGGGUGGUGAUUAAACACCUCUUUUGGGUAUGCCUUUUAAAAAUGCUUAUAGGAAAAAAAAUUUAAAAAAGAAAGCUAAUGCUAGUAUAUACUGCAAUGUUAGGGGAAUGAACAUGUUUUCCUACUGCAUUGGGGACUUCUAGAUAGGUUAAUGAAAGGUCUUUUAUUAUGUUACUGGACACGAAAACUUUGUCUAAUUUCUUACUCUAUUGUACGUUUACAGUCGCAGCACUAAAAAUGGAUGACAUCAAACAUUUUUAACAAAAUGAUGUACAAACUAAAUAAGGACUAUUUAUUGAUAAUGUUUUGCUACUCUUGUCAGACAAUGGCUAUAAAAUGAAUUAGGCAGUCUUAAAAAAAAAAAAAAACAGAAAAAGAAAAAAAAAAGAAUGUUGCAAAUUUGUUAAAAUGCCAAAAAGGACAGUUUAAUUUUGUACAGAUUAUGCUUACCUCAGGUUUCUUUAGUGUGCUUGAAUGCCCUUCUUUCCAUAUAACACUUAAUCUUAUUAAUUUAGCAACGAGUAUCUUUUCUUUAAGUUUUAAAAAAACUGGAAUAAUUACAUCUAUCUUUUUUUGCUGUUUAUAUUUAGGGUUUUUUUUUGUUGUUGAUAAAUCAAGUCUUGGUUGUGGCUUGCUGAAUUAAAUAUUUAUGAGUGGUGCAUUUUUAAGUAUAGUGAACAAGACACCAUAUUAAGUACAGUGAUAAAGCAUCUAUAUUCUGUAAAAAAAAAAAAAUCUGCCUAUGCAUGUUUUUUAAGAAAAAAAAAAAUGGCUGUAUCGGCCUGUAUGGGACUGCAAUGCGCUUAGUGGUCUGACAUAUACUGGAAAUGUAUGUAUACUGGCGUACUUUAUAUUCUCUAAAAUGCUUAAUGCCUUUGAAAUUUUGUAAUCAAAAAAGCUUUGAAAAAAUCUAAAGGGGAGAGUAUUCUUAAAAGUUUUUAACAUAAGCUUGUCAGUGCACAUAUAUAGAUGGUGAGCAUGUUUAGCAAACCUUGUGACAUUUAAAUAAGUUUGUAGUUACAUGUGAAACUCUAAAUGCAUGGUAACUGUUAAUGUCAUAAUGGUUUAGUUAUUUUGUUCUGUUCUGUCAGGUGCCACAAAAUAUGUACUUUUUUCACUUUUUUCCCUUUGUAUAUCAGUUACGGGUUACAACUGGCUCAUUCUGAAAACCACCACAACAAAAGUCCAUUCAUAUUUUUUAACAAUUGUAUAAGUGCCCAGGUAAUUCACUACAGCCUAAAGCCUUGCCUUUGUAAUUUGACUUCUGAAAUGUUGGCAAUCAAAGCAUGCACUUGUAACAAUGACAAAGAAAAAGCAUUUUAUAUUACUACUCAAUAAAAUGUGCAUGAACUUAAAGAACUCUCAUCCUUUCACUGAGUCUGCUGAAGGGAUUUCUGUGCACAACCACCAUGCUGUCUUUGAGGUGCUGGGCCCCCCACCGCACGUCACAGAUUUACUUAUUUAACAGGCUUCCUUCCCCGAGGGCCUGGUGAUCUGAGGUGUGGCGCCUACUUCCGCUGGAGGAAACUUGGUGGAUUUGUGUCUCAAAUCAGACAAGAGGAAUAAAGAACAAAUGCCAUCUUCUGGCUCCCUCGAAUGUGGGAGCCAGUUAAGAAACCAGAGCAUUCCUUUUUAUUGAAAAAAAAAAUUGUUAUCAGGUUGUUUCAGUUGUAUUGGAUGCCCUAUCUGCUCAAGCAAAAAGAACUAAGCUACUAAGUGCAUUUUCAUCACGAAAGAGAGUUGCAUUUGUAUUGAUAUGAAAUUUAUAUACUGGCGCUCCGGCUCAUAUCUAAUCACCAGAAGAUUUAAGAUACACCGAAUUCCACUUUGUUUCUAACAUUGUUCAUUUUCAGUGCACUUUGUUUUAUGUAAUAAAGUAUGCCUGUUAUACCAAAUAAUAAGAAUAUGGCAAUUAGUGAUACAGUGUACCAAAACAAAGAUGUUCUAGAUAUAUUCUCUGGCAAAGACUAUCCCAAAUUUAUUUUCAUGAAUACAAACAUCUUUUCCCCCUGUGGAUAUUUUUCCACUCUUAAAAAAAUGACGUCCAAGGAAAAUAUUUAGAUGCAACUUAUUAGAAUGAUGUGGAAGAAAUGGUAAUUCUUGAUACCGAGGUGUUUCUUUCUGUCUUAUAACUGCGGAGAAAAUAUCCUGACCAAAAAAAAAUUCAUUUUGGGGAUUCCUUUCUUUUACAAAUUGUGCUGAGGCAACUAUGGCAUAGAAAUAAACAUUUGACAUUAAAAUAA